CUGCAGUUUCAGUCUUUCUAUUUGCACAAAGUAGAAGAAUUUCUCAGAAGCAGAUUAUCAGUGUUGGAUGUGAAGAUGGGACACACUUGGCUCUGUCUACGGGUUUUUUUCUUUCUGUAUUUACUUUACUGUGGACAAGCUCAAGACAGACCUAAGCCUGUCCUCACUGUGUCUCCAUCAUGGCCGAGUCCUGGAGCCUCAGUAACUCUGAACUGCAGCGUUGAUCAUCCUUCUGCUGGCUGGAGCUUCUACUGGUAUAAGGCUGUUCCCAAACUGUCGUACUCCUACAGCUAUGAGCUGCUACCUGGCAGCGAGAAUGGGACUGAACAGCAUCUCUUCAUCAUUGAUGGACAAACACACACAGCAGGAUAUGUGUGCAGAGCAGGAAGAGGAGAUCCAGUGUAUUACAGUUGGCAUAGUAAACCUAAGUUUGUCUGGUCUGGAGAUUUGAAUUCAGCAGCGUCUCUCACAGUGAGUCCUGACAGUGUGCAGCACUUCACCAACACGUCUGUGUCACUGAGCUGUGAGGGAAACUCCACUGAGUGGAGAGUGAGGAGGUUUAUGAAAUCUGACAUCCUUCUUCACUGUUCUUUCUGGGGGACAAUGACUGGAUCCACAUGCACAAUAACCAGCAGCUGGGUUAGUGGAGUGUUCUGGUGUGAGUCUGAAACAGGACAGUUCAGUAAUGCAGUCAACAUCACCAUCGAUGAAAGACCUGAGCCUGUCCUCACUGUGUCUCCAUCAUGGCCGAGUCCUGGAGCCUCAGUAACUCUGAACUGCAGCGUUGAUCAUCCUUCUGAUGGCUGGAGCUUCUACUGGUAUAAGGCUGUUACCCAAAAGUCAGACCACUCCUACAGCUCCUACGGCUAUGAGCUGCUACCUGGCAGCGAGAAUGGGACUGAACAGCAUCUCUUCAUCAUUGAUGGACAAACACACACAGCAGGAUAUGUGUGCAGAGCAGGAAGAGGAGAUCCAGUGUAUUACAGUUGGCACAGCAAACCUAAGUUUGUCUGGUCUGGAGAAUUGAAUUCAGCAGCGUCUCUCAGAGUGAGUCCUGACAGUGUGCAGCACUUCACCAAAACGUCUGUGUCACUGAGCUGUGAGGGAAACUCCACUGAGUGGAGAGUGAUGACGUUUUCUAAACCUGACUACCUUCUUCCCUGUUCUUCCUGGGGGACAAUGACUGGAUCCACAUGCACAAUAACCAGCAGCUGGGCUAGUGGAGUGUUCUGGUGUGAGUCUGAAACAGGACAGUUCAGUAAUGCAGUCAACAUCACUAAAUAUGACAGACCUGAGGCUGUCCUCACUGUGUCUCCAUCAUGGCCGAGUCCUGGAGCCUCAGUAACUCUGAACUGCAGGCUUGAUCAUCCUUCUGCUGGCUGGAGCUUCUACUGGUAUAAGGCUGUUCCCCAAAAGUCAGACCACUCCUACAACUCCUACGGCUAUGAGCUGCUACCAGGCAGCGAGAAUGGGACUGAACAGCAUCUCUUCAUCAUUGAUGGACAAACACACACAGCAGGAUAUGUGUGCAGAGCAGGAAGAGAGGAUCCAGUGUAUUACAGUUGGAGUGAACCUAAGUUUGUCUGGUCUGGAGAUUUGAAUUCAGCAGCGUCUCUCACAGUGAGUCCUGACAGUGUGCAGCACUUCCCCACAACGUCUGUGUCACUGAGCUGUGAGGGAAACUCCACAGAGUGGAGAGUGAGGACGUUUACGAAAUCAUACCUUUAUCCCUGUUCUUCCUCGGGGAAAAUGACUGGAUCCACAUGCACAAUAACCAGCAGCUGGGUUAGUGGAGUGUUCUGGUGUGAGUCUGAAACAGGACAGUUCAGUAAUGCAGUCAACAUCACCAUAGAUGAUGAUGAAAUGAUCCUGGUGAGUCCUGUCCGUCCUGUGGCUGAGGGACGUUCUGUCACUCUUAGCUGCAAGUUCAAGACAGGAUCUGUUCUUUAUAAUGUGGAUUUCUAUAAAGAUGACAAACUCAUCCAGAACGAUACCAGGAAGGAGCUGAACAUCUCUGCAGUGUCAAAGUCAGACGAAGGCUUUUAUAAAUGUAAACAGAGAGAUUCAGCAGAUGGUAGGACGUCACCAGAGAGUUGGUUCUCAGUCAAAUCAGCGUCCAGGCCUGGAAAAGCCUCUCAAUUUCCCAUUCUUCUGAUCGUUGGGCUGCUUGGUGGAGUUGUACUGAUUAUUCUCCUGCUGCUGUUCCUGCAUUUAUACAGAAAGUCAAAAGAUUCAUGCUGUAUCAGAUCUCAGAGCACCAAUCAGGGCCCUGGUACAGACCACAUGAUCAAACAGGACGAAAUUCAAAACAUGCCACAAUAUUCUACUCUCCUCCAUGGUGAUCGUUGUCUCUAUGAAACAAUAGGAGGGCCUGUAGAAGCUGGAAAUGGUGCCAGUAAUGAACCAGAAGAGAGCCUUUACUCAAAUGUGGCUGCAGAUCAAUAAAGACAUCCUCAUGGACAGAACCAAUGGAGCGGAUGAAAACAUGAAAAACAACAUCCUUGUUUCAGCAAUUGAGUGUAUUUGCUGCUUUUGUGUAAAUAGCGCAGUGCCUUUUAAAAAAAAUGCCUUUCUAGGAACAUGGUGAAUGCUUUGCAAUUCAACUGUACUUACUUUCUGUGUACUUAUAUUUAGUGUAAAACAUUGUACUACCACCUUAUCUGUUAAAUGUCUGAUUCAGAUCAUGUGGCUCGAACCUUGUUGUACAUUGAGUGAUAUUAGAGCCAGAUACUAAUAUAUGCAGUAUGGACACAUGCUUUAGCACUGUAGAUGCACACAGUGGACACACAAAUAUAUUAUUAAUAAAACCCAAAUGCAAUUAUA